AUCUAGAUUCUACUCACUACUAGACACUGAUCGUUUUGAAUGUGUAUUUUCAAUUUUGUUAAGUGUUAACUAUUCACCAAUUUUUCUUAUAAUAUAUUUAUAAUAAUAUAUAUUAUUUACUUUCUGUUACAAAAUUAAAUUACAAUUAUCCAAAAUUAAAAUGACGAAAGAAGAAUCUAACACUGAUGACAAGCAAAUCAAAAUCAAUAAGUGGGAUUACCUCGCUCUAAAAAAUACUCUUGAUGAUGCUGUGAAGGAAGUACUUAUUACCAAAUACAACCAUGUUGAAGAUUACUCUCUUAUUGAUUGCCGUUUGUUUAUAUGUACAUUUGCUGUGUUAGUUGCUGCUUUUGCACUUGGUUGGGAUUUUUUCAAUCCUUUCCCAAAAUCACGAUUCGUUCUUACAGUAUGUGUUGCUUUAUAUUUUAUUACAAUGGGUGCAAUUACACUGUAUACAACAUACAUGGAAAAAGGCAUUUUUGCUGUGACAUUAGAACGAGAUGAAAGUGGUUUUAAUCCAGAUGUUGUAUGGGAAGCCAGCAGUUACAUUAAAAAACAUACGGGUACUUACUGUUUAACAGUAGUACGCAAAGAUUCAGUUGGAGGAGAUAUUAGAGAACGUGAAAUAACCAAAUCAGUUGCUAAUUAUUUUGAUGAAGAAGGAACAUUAUGUCAAGACGUGAUUGAAAAUGAAGUAACCAAAGUGAGGGAAGCUGUUUUGAAAUUAAAAAAAAUUGAAUAAUUUUUGAUUUAAUUAAUGUAUUUAAAAAAUAUAUAACUU